AUGGUUCUUACUGAAAUUAGUGUCUUGCUACAAUCCAUGGGUAAAAAUAUCAAUGAAUUCGACCUUCCUAAGAUAACAGACGAUGUUAACUUACAAGAUGCAGGUUGUCAUGAGUUACAAGAAGAGUAUGGAAUUGUUUUGGAACCUGAACACUUGAGUGCCAAAGAUUCACUUAAUCCGGACCAAAAAAACGUGUUUGAUGAGAUCAUGAUGCAUGUUGAUAAUGAUCUUCCAGGCGUGUUCUUUAUUGAUGGCCCAGGUGGAACUGGAAAAACAUUUUUGUACAUUGCCUUGCUUGCUGAAAUUCGGUCACGUGGUCUUAUUGCUCUCGCAACAGCUUCAUUAGGUGCAGCGGCUAAUAAUAUGCCAGGAGGUAGAACGGCUCACUCAAGAUUCCAGAUUCCUCUUAAUCUUGAAAAUAAUUCAAUGUGCAAUAUCAAAAAACAGAGUGGGGCCGCUAAACUGAUUCGGUCUGCCAAAGUAAUCAUAUGGGAUGAAGCGUCGAUGGCUAAACGACAGGCGAUAAAGGCAGUCGAUCGUACAUUCCAAGACAUUAUAGGCGUUAGUCUCCCAUUUGGUGGGAAGAUAAUGGUUAUGGGAGGUGACUUCAGACAGGUGUUUCCGGUUAUUAAACGUGGCACUCGAGCACAGAUUGUAGACUCCAGCGUACGAAUGUCACCUCUUUGGUCUUUGACUAAGAAGAUGCGGUUGACCAUAAAUAUGAGAGCGCUGAAAGAUCCAUGGUUUUCUAAAUUUCUUUUAAGAGUCGGCGAUGGAACUGAAGAACCAAUCGAAGGAAACUAUAUUCGCAUACCUGAUGACAUGACAAUUCAAUGCAACGACAGAGAAAACGCUAUAAAAGAAUUGAUCCAUGCCAUCUUUCCAUCAAUUGAAGAUAAUGUAUAUUCUUCAGAUUAUAUAAUCUCUAGAGCAAUAUUGUCCACUAAAAAUGAGAGUGUUGACGAGAUUAAUAAUCAAAUGAUUGAAAUUUUUCAAGGGGAGGAAAAAGUUUAUUACAGUUUUGAUGAAGCUGAAGACGAUCAGCGUAACUUCUAUCCGGUCGAGUUCUUAAACUCGCUAAAUAUUAGUCGUUUAAAAAUUGGAUGCCCAAUAAUAUUGUUACGUAAUAUCGAUCCAUCACAUGGCCUGUGUAAUGGCACGCGGUUUAUAUGUAAGGGUUUCAUGCGAAAUGUUAUUGAUGCGGAAAUUGCAGUUGGUCAACAUGCCGGAAAAAGAGUUUUUUUUGCCAAGAAUCCCUCUAACCCUUUCUGA